AUGGACUCGACGAAGUUGGGUGGGCCAGCGCCAACCAGUCCAAGGGCUCACUCGCCAGCCCUACCGGCCUACAAUGCCACCAGCACGGACGGGAACAUCGACUACAUAAUCGGAGAUUACAUGGAGAGACUCGGCACGAGGCUGAACACAUUGGAGAACGAGCUGAGGUAUGCCUGGAGGGCGUUGGAUCUGCUUAGUCAGGAGUACAUCAAGAUGUGGGAGAGGCUCGAGAAGCUAGAGGGCCUGCUGUACGAGCAACAAACGGUGAUCAGUCAAUUGAUCGAAUUCUACGCGAAUGGUGGCACUCACGAGACCAGCAACGUGGUGGUGGAGGAGACGUUGGCCAAUCAACAGAGCACCGUCAGCGAGCUGGACGCGAUCGCGAAGAGCAUAGGCGCCACGAUGGGUAUCGAGGAGACGAACGCGAUCAGAGAGAAACUAGCGCAGCAGGAGAUCGCGAGGAUGCACGGGCUGACGCAGGACAGUUCGACCGCUGCCGCGGUGGUCACCGACAUGCACAGAAACGUGAGGAACUUGGACACACUGGAAACUCUCGCGGAAGAGAGCAACAUCCCGGACGAGGCGUUCUACAGGAGCCUGAACAACGCGUACAGGGAGGACUUGAUCUGCGGCGACACGUCGAGGCCGACGUCGCAGCUGGGCAUGAUCUGGGAAGAGGCGGAGGACGAGGACGUGAAUGGCAAGAAAGAGAUGGAGGAGAGGAACAUGUUCGACAAGACCAUGACCAAGGAGAAGGAGCUCGAGGAACUGGCGACGAAACCGAUAAAUGAGGAGAUUCAAGAAGCGGUGACAAAAAAGGAAGACGAGGCAGACGAGGACGAGGGUGAGGUGUUCAGCGCGGCUGAUUACAAAAGUUACCGAGGGAACACGCCCUGCGUCAGCGAACAGGACCUCGCUCAGCUCUCCAGACUCAGUUCCAUCGAUCAGGUCGCUCUGGAGAAACUGCACGAGCUGGAUCGGUUGACCAAUAAAUUGCAAAAGGAUUCGCAGAACCUGAUAGAACUGCAGUCGAAGCUAAUGGACUCUCCGAAGAGGCAGUACAGUUCCGAGGCCGAAGCGAAGCUAGCGGAGGAGGCGAGCAGCAUAGACGAGCAGCUGAGAAAGAUUUACGCGGAAACCGACGUUGACAGUUGGACAUUCUCGAAAAGUCCCGGUUCAACCGGUCGAUCGAUCUCCAGAGUCAGCACCGACAGCGGUCUAGCCACCGACGGUGACUUCACUACCAGGUCAAUUUCGCCAAGACUGACGUCCACGUCCAGAACGAACUUGGAUUCCAUUUCGAGUACCUACACACCUCCCAGGUUAGGUACCUACGCAACGACUGUACGCGAGAAGAGUCCGGAGCCAGUGAUCCAAUUGCCCAUCGACGUCGGCAGCUUCGCCAAAGGCUACGCGGAAAACAAAGAACUGACCGAUCUCAUGGUCGAGAGCUUCGCGGCUGUCACCUGCGCCUCGCCCACCAUUUACAGCACCACCACCGACAAAGUCCCAUCUCCCACUCACUCAGCGGGGAGCGUCCAUAGCGUCCAUAGUGUGCAGAGUCUUCGAACCAGGCAGGACGGCUAUUUCGACAGCGCUGCUCGACUGAAUUUAGAGUUCCAAGAAAGUAGAACGCCCCCGAGUCCGUCGCCCAGCUCGCCACCGCCGCCAGCUCCUCAGGACUCGACCGAGCCGUUCCUCAUGCCAGGGCCCGAUAAGAGAGAACCCGAGACGAAACGACCACAGAGUCCCACGUUCUUGAGAAGUGCGGAGAAGCUUGUCCCCUUGGAACAAGGUCGUCUAAGCCCACGGACCCCUCAUUCGCCUAAGUCGCCGCGAGUCUCGCCUAAGCACACAGCCAAGCCGAGCGUGGCCAACAUCGUCGCAGCCAAAUCUGACUCCGGCCUAUCUUCCAUGAGCGGAUGGAGCAGCUUGGACAAAUCGCCGAGCUCUCCGAAGAGCUCGAUCGCCAAGAUGCUCACUUCGUACACGGUAGAUCACGCCAGAGCGACUCUAAUCCCAAGUACAACGACCGUCAGAUCUGCCAGUCCGAUCCCGCCUCUUCCGGAAACGACAACCUCCGUCAUCACGCAGGAGCCGCUGUACGACACGCCGGAAGGGAGGGACGCUUUCGCGAGCACCACUACGGUCACAUUCACCGUCACCAGCCACUCCUACACCGCGGCUAUGAACCAUCUGUCCGGCUACACGUCGAUAAAGACACCGACGACCAAGGAAGACUACAGCUUCGUGUCUCCUCCAGCACCUAUCGCAACCACCUGUCAGAGUCCAAAGAAACGAAGUCGCCAGCAAGUUUUGCAGCACACCUACGAUACCGUGGCGCCUGGAAUUACCGACUACGCGUACAGGUCCGAGCAACCGGCCAUUUACUCCGUGGCUGGGAGCAAUCGACAACAAGCCAUCACGAGUGUUUAUACCAGCAGCGCCGGUGGCUAUGGUCCGAAAACCACCACCACCGCUUACUACCCGGACGCAGUGGAUCAAUAUAACAGCUAUCAGGACAAUUACACGGCUAUCCAGUAUACGGAAUCGAGCGCCGUGGCGGCUCAUCUGAAGAAACCUUUGAGAGCCAGCGCGUACACGGACGGAAUGACGAACCACGAAGGGUACAAAGCCGCGAUGUAUCGCACAAUGUUCCCCACCGGCAACAUCACGGACGCGUUGUCGUAUUACCCGACCAGCGCGAAUCUGCCACGAACCGAGACGAACGAGACUUCGUGGUUGAACUCGAUGGAGGAUCAGAUUCCCCACGACUCGACUUCCUCCAGCAUUAGAUCGCUAACUUCGGACGGUAGUGUCUACGCCCAGAGUCCAUACACCGACAGAAGGUAUCCUCAACCACCGGCGUACCAAGCCCAUCAGUAUCAUCACACGUACGCGAAUCAAAAUUACCCGCAAGCCUAUCAACAGCAGUACCAGCCGUACAGUCAAAGACUGACCAGCACCGAAAGCGCACAACUCACUGAUGGAUACCAGAGACAAUGGCAACGGGAGCAUCAAUACAUUCAGGAUCACGAAACAGGCAGAAUGCCUAUCGAUCAGGCGCAACAUCAGCAGGGCGAAUACUACGACGCAUCGAGCGUGAUAGUGUCUCAAUCGGGGUAUAUCAGCAUCGCCUCGAACUUGAAGGACCACGAGAUAGAGAACGCGAAAGCUGGCAAGAAGAUGAGACGCGGCUCGUCGUUGAAAAACGCAAUGAGCUCGAUGAGCAACUGGUUGCCUGAUCUGCACCUGAGCAAGAGGCACAGAAGUCACUCGUUACCCGGCGGAGUGAGAAGGGAAGACUUGGACAUGUCUCAGGAGCAACAGCAGAGGCUGCCGCAGGAAGCGAGUAUGGCUAGAGGUCGUGGACGUGGUCAGACAGCCAGGAAGAAGAAGAAACACACGCUGGUGUCUACCGUGUCGGGGAUCCUUCAGAAAGCCAAGAGACGAAGUCAUCAGUCUCAAUCCCUGUCGGAUCCCGAACAAUCGGAAACCGAAUGGAGCAGUGGAAGACAGAGUGGCCUGUCGGAGGACGAGGACAGCGUGAUGUCGGACGUAAAUCAAGAAUCUCCUUUCUUUGCCAAGGUGAAAACAGCUAGCACGAAGCGCAAACAGGCACCUCAGCCGAUUCCACAGCAGCAGCAAUCUAUCGCUCAGCCAUUACCUUUGCAACAAAAAGAUUAUAUACAGCAGCAGCAGCAGCAGCAGCAGCAACAACAACAACAACAACAACAACAACAACAACAACAGCAGCAACAGAAUCUGCAGCAGCAACAACAAGCCCUUCAACAGCAGAUUCAGCAGCACCAAGAGCAAUUACAGCAGCAAGCGUUUCAAGAUGGUUGGGCCAAAGAAAAGGAUCAGAAGAAAGAGGUGGAUCGCGAGAUGUCCGAACAGAUCGGUGGCUUCGAGGAAGAAACGUCUGGGAAGAGCACAGGUUCCGGCUCUGGUGGCUCGUCGAUAUUUCAAACUGUCGGAGAUAUCAAACGAUCCACCGGCAGCUCGGACGAAGCUCCUAACGAAAAAGCUCCGAAACUCCCGCCGGUGACUCUGAUGGGUGGUGCGAGCAUGGAAUUCGCGGUGUCCAGGGCACUGGGCAAGUACCGCCAGAGACAAUCUUCCACGGUCUCGGACGAACAGCCUCCCAGCGAGGAGGGCAGCACCGAGAAGAAGUCCGACGAGGGCACCAUCCAAACUCUCGAGACGAGCUUCGAGUACCCGGAAGACAUGUCGGAGAAGAGCGAGAAGAGCGAGAAGUCUAGCAGCACCAGACUGCCGGAACUGGUGACCAGCAUAUCGGAGGAGGCCCCGCCGUCGGAAGGAAGCCCAUCCGCGUCAAGCACGAGAGGGCAAAUGUCAGGCAGUCGAUUCCUGCCGCGGCAUCAGCAGUCCCUCGAGAUUCCGUGGACCGGCUCGAGACCGGGCGAACUGGACGAGGACAACCGUAGCACGCAUUCCUAUCGGAGCACGUCGAGGGUCUCCUCCAGGCGGCAAAGUACGGAGGACUCGAUCGACUCCGAGGACGAGUGGUACCGGUACGAGCUGAGGAAGCUCGAGGAACUCGAGAGGCAAUCGCAGAUAGAGAUAGAGAUGGGCGAAGUGCUGGUGGAAGAGCCGGAGGAGGCUGAUCACUAUCAACCGGAUGAAACGGUGAAGCAUAAGAUGUCGUUCGUCUUGAAAGAGUUGAAAAUGAAGGCCAGCACUAUAUCGAAGGAGCAGGCGAUGGAGGAGAAGGGCGAGGAGGCACGAGGAGCGAGUAGUAAGAUCAACGGGACGGUGGCGAAGGAUCGUCGAAUCGACGAGCGAGACAGGUAUCGGGACGAGAAACCGAUCCCAAAACGGAAAUCCGCGGAGAGUGUCGAAGCGGUAUUCGCGAGGGUGACUGACUAUCACACUUGGGCGCACGAGGAGGAAGCGAAGAAAGAGAAAACGCCCUCGUCAAUGGAAGAAGGCUCCUCGGGGGAGACUUCCGGUCCCGACAGUCCCGUGCAGUCGAUGGACGAAGAGGAAGAGGAGGAACUGCCGAAAGAUGCGGACGAACAGCCAUCGAGACGCAGCUCGAGCGGCUCGACCUUUCGACACGGUGAGAAGGUCCACCCUGGUUCGGAAUCGAUCUCUCGCGAAGGUAGCGUAAGCGUGCCGCCUAGCGAGGUCUCCGUCAGCAUCCCGGGUGCUUGUGACUCUGAGAGUACAGUACUCGAAGGCAUGGAGCGCGACGGAGCUGGUAGCGCCGAGACGGCCACCACGGCUACCUUGAGCUUGCCGAAGAUCAAAAUCGAUUCGUCGACCUGCGGCAGCUCGGACACGACGUUAAAGGAAGGCCAGGUGAGUCCUGGUCCGCCUGGAUCGAAAUGGAAGCUUCUGAAAGCGUUGAAGGAGAGAAAGGCAGAGGAGAAGUUGAAGGAAAUCGAGGAGGCCUCCAAGGAGACCAGUAUUUCUCAAGGACCCACAGCAGUGAGUAUCAUGAUAAAGUGA